AGAGAAUCAACAACAUUUUUGUUCAUGCAGAACACCUUAUCUACAUUUCUUCUCACACAACAGAAACAAAUGGCUGAAACUCUUCUAAAUCCCUUUGCAUUCCAAGCUCUCAUUUCCAUAAUCCUUCUCAUCACCAUCACAAAAUGGCUCUCAAAAUCCACAAAAAGCAAAAAUUCGCCACCAUCUCCGCCGCGGCUACCGAUACUCGGCCACCUCCACCGCCUCAGCUUACUGCCUCACCACGAUCUCCAAUCCAUGGCCAGGAACCACGGCCCGGUCAUGCUCAUCCACUUCGGCAGCGUGCCGACGCUGAUCGCCUCUUCGGCCGCCGCCGCCGCGGAGAUCAUGAAGACGCACGACCUCGCCUUCGCCGAUCGGCCGGAUUCGAGCCUCUUCCGCCGGCUCCUCUACGACAACAAGGACGUGUCGGUGUCGCCGUACGGCGAGUACUGGCGGCAGCUGAAGAGCAUCUGCGUAGUGCAGCUGCUGAGCAACAAAAGAGUCCAAUCGUUCCAUUCCGUUAGGGCGGAGGAGACGGAGAUUUUGAUCGGUAAAAUUGGGGGAAAGGCGGAGUGCGUCGAUUUGAGCCGGAUGUUCACUCAAUUGACGAACGAUGUGGUCUGCAGAUCCGCAAUCGGAAGGAAGUACGGCGACGGUGGAGACGGAGAGAGAUUUCUCUCGAUUUUGAGAGAAUUUUUGGAGGUUUUGUCGACGAUUAGCAUCGGAGAUUUCGUGCCGAGCCUGUCGUGGAUCGGGAGAUUCAACGGUCUCGAUAAACGAGUAGACCGAGUUGCUAAUGAGAUUGACGAAUUUCUCGAGAGUGUGAUUCGUGAGCGGCUUGAUAAUCCGGCGGAGAGGGUGGUGGCCGGAGAGAAUUUUCUCGAUAUUUUGCUCGAUAUUUAUCGGAAUAAUUCCGGUGGUGUGUCCAUUGACAGGGACAGUAUUAAAGCAAUAAUAUUGGAUGUAUUUGCAGCUGGAACAGACACCACCGCGACCGUGCUCGAAUGGGCGAUGUCGGAACUCUUGCGACGUCCAGUCAUCCUCAAAAGGCUUCAAACUGAAGUGAGAGAAGUGGCGGAAGACAGCCACAACAUAACAGAAAACGACAUAGAAAGAAUGCAUUUUCUGAAAGCUGUGAUGAAGGAAACUCUGCGUCUCCACACUCCAAUUCCACUGCUUGUUCCUCGAGUCGCAAGAGAGGACGUGAAGAUCAUGGGCUACGACGUUGCGAAAGGAACAAUGGUGAUGACAAAUGCUUGGGCCAUCGGAAGAGAUCCAUCCUCUUGGGAUGAACCAGAGAGUUUCAAUCCUGAUAGAUUCUUGAAUUCUUCUGUGGAUUAUAAGGGUGUGGAUUUCGAGUUGAUCCCGUUCGGAGCUGGAAGGAGAGGGUGCCCUGGGACUGCGUUCGCCAUGGCUACGAACGAGUUCGUGUUGGCGAAUCUUGUGCAUAGAUUCGACUGGAAAUUGCCGAACAAUUGUGGAGAAUUGGACAUGUCGGAACGGCCGGGGGUUGCGAUUCGGAGACGCGUUCCUCUUGUCGCUGUAGCCGUUCAAUGUUAAGUUGUUUAAGAAUCGAGCAAUCAAGAGGAGAUCGAGGCAAGAAUGGCGGAAAGAAUAAGAAGAUAUCAAGUCAAGAACGAAGAUAUCAAGAUUUAAAUAAAUUGAUAUGUAUUGAGUUAUAGUAUGUCAAUAUUGUUUUAAGUAUUAGUGCUAUAAAUAGUUGAACGCGAUAAAAUUAAUUCUCUAAA